AUUGAAGUCAUCCAGGGAGAGAGACGACGCCAGGCGGUGAAAGGCGAGGAACGGCGCUAAUUAGGGGCAGACCUUCCUGAACAUGGAAGCCAAGUGAUUCCCUCAAAUGUUGGUCAACUCUUCCUGUCCCUCUGCUAACAGUUGCUUGCUAGAGUUCAGAUGAAUGCCAAAGAGAAUUAUGGAUCCUUUUUGGGAAAUCAGAUUUCCACACCUCUCACGGCUGUGUAUGUGGCGCAGGUCUCCAGAGACGGUGUGAGGGGAAACCGACUUUGAGGAGCAGUGGUGUGUGAAUCUCCGCGGUGUCACUCCUCUGCUGCCAAUGGUAUGCCCAAUGAAUGCUCCCUUCAGGAUCCGAUGAUUACAGGGCAGCUGAGCAAGCCGCUGCUCUCCCUGCGCAGCAACAUGAGCAUGGCAGAACUCCGGGCGGAUGACAAAGCGGCCACCCCAGACAGCGAGCUGAACGACGAGCCCCUGCUCCUACCCUCUGAGGCCACGGACAGAGACGGCACUCCCAACAAGCUGUAUGGAGCCCGUGAUGGUUCGAUCCAGUCAGAUGCCAGCAGCAGUCCUUUAGAGCAGAGUCAACUGGGCCAGUCUCACCCAGGAUACCCAAUGGGUCCGCAGUCUCUUCUGGUGGCACAGCAGCUGGCCAGUGCAGUGGGUGGCGUGAUGUCUGGGGCAGCGCCAGGAAUGAACCAGCCCAUCCUCAUCCCGUUCAACGCAGGUGGACACUUGGGUGGGCAACAGGGCCUGGUCCUCUCCCUCCCCACCGCCAACAUUCAGAGCCUGGUGGCUGCUGCUGCUGCAGGGGGCAUCAUGACACUCCCCCUCCAGAACCUGCAAGCUACCUCAUCACUCAGCUCCCAGCUCCAGCACCUGCAGCAGCUCCAACAGAUGCAGCAGCACCACCAGCAGCAACAGCAACAUCAGCAGCAACAUCAGCAACACCAUCACCAACAGCAGCACCACCAGCAGCAACAGCUGCCCUCCCAGCAUCAUAUGAGCCUGUCCAACCAGCAGCAGACCUCUGUCCCAUCUCCAGGCUCUGCCUGCUCCUCCACCUCUGGACAGCCACAGCAUUCUCCACCACACCGACCCAACCAGUCCCCGGCCCGCAGCCUUCCGUCCCCUGUCACCCCGCCCAUGCCUUUGCCGCUGAAUCCUCUGGCCAGCCAGGCGGCAGUAGCAGCAGCAGCAGCCAUGGGUUCAAUCGCUGGUUCUCAGGUGUUUGGCAACACCCUGUCAAACCUGCAAGGAGCCACCGGGCAGCUGGUCACCAAUGCACAGGGACAGAUAAUUGGAACAAUCCCACUGAUGCCCAACUCUGCUGGGCCCUCCAGCCAAUCAGGGGGUGGCAACCCAGCACUGCAGGUACAGCCAAUUACACCUCAGCUUCUGACCAACGCUCAAGGCCAGAUCAUCGCGACGGUGAUCGGCAAUCAGAUUCUGCCUGUCAUCAACACCCAGGGGAUCACACUGUCACCAAUCAAGCCUGGACAGCAGCUGCCUCAGACUCAGCAGAGUCAGACAGGCCCUGCAUCGUCUCAGCCCAAUCUGCUCCACAUGCCCCACAGACAGAGUCCUCUCCACCAGGCCUCUUCCUCUUCCUCCACCUCCUCCUCUUCCUCGGCUCUCAGCGUGGGGCAGCUAGUCAGCAACCCACAGACCGCCCCCAGUGAGGUCGAUGGGGUCAACUUGGAGGAGAUUCGUGAAUUCGCCAAAGCAUUCAAGAUCCGCCGGCUGUCCCUGGGCCUGACACAGACUCAGGUGGGCCAGGCUCUCAGUGCUGCCGAGGGGCCGGCGUACAGUCAGUCUGCCAUCUGCAGACACACCAUCCUGAGAAGCCACUUUUUCCUACCACAGGAAGCCCAAGAGAACACUAUAGGUAGCAGUCUGACAGGCAAACUGAACCCUGGCCUUUUAUAUCCUGCCAGGUUUGAGAAGUUGGACAUCACCCCUAAAAGUGCCCAGAAGAUUAAGCCCGUUCUGGAGCGCUGGAUGGCUGAGGCUGAAGCCCGCCACCGAUCCGGCAUGCAGAACCUGACUGAGUUUAUCGGCAGCGAACCUUCAAAAAAACGCAAGCGGAGGACCUCUUUCACCCCACAGGCACUCGAGAUCCUCAACAGCCACUUUGAGAAGAACACACACCCCUCUGGACAGGAAAUGACGGAAAUAGCAGAGAAACUGAACUAUGACAGGGAGGUUGUGCGUGUCUGGUUCUGCAACAAGAGACAAGCGUUGAAAAACACAAUAAAGCGUUUGAAACAGCCCGAAAUCGGCGCUGCUGCAACAAUGGACCCUCUCACUGAUUCUCUAGAGGAGCUCCCGAAGUGAACAAGAUCUCCGACAAAAAAGUGGACCGGAGAAGUGGCAGCCAUUAAAAACAACAAAGGUGGAUGAACUCUUCAUGAAAUGAGAAAUGAAAACUGUUCCCAGUCACCUGGAUAGACAGUCAUGAGGUUUCAAACUAAAACUAUGUGUUUUCAGUGUGACUUUUCCAGUUAUGUAAAUGACCUUGCCGAAACCAAAAAUGAGAAAAAAGAGAUUAAUAUCUGAGAAUUAUGUAAAAACAUAUGGUGUGCUGUUUCAAAGAGUUCUAGAUUCUGGCCUUACCAGCCAGACUGCUGCCCAAAUUUUGGUUCCUACGGGGAGAGAUUUAGUAAAGAGAUCAUACCAAAUCAAAACACUAUUUACCAAAGUCUGUUGCAUCUGAGUACCAAGAAUAAUUUUGUAAUGUAAAUGUGUUCUAAAUUUUUACAUUUGUACUGGCAAAUCUAAGCUAUAUGUGUGAGGUUGAGUAUACAUUUUAUCUUUGUCUCGCUUACUUUUUUCUUCAUUGUUUGUAUGUAAAUAUGUAAAACAAAAAAAAGGAAACAUGCUGUCUUCAAAUUGAAAUCACACUGAAUAAGUUCUCUUUUGGACAAAAAAUACCUUUGCUGUUAUACAAUUGCAUUAUAAUGUUGUUUUCCUCCGAUUUGUGUUUCAUCUGCAAGUUUUUUCAGUCACAGUGUACUGUAACUUUGUACAACUUUUACAGGUAUUUGUUAAUGAUCUCAUGCGACUGUUUCAGAGGACGUAUGGAGAGGAAUGAAAUUAUGGACUGUCAAAUGAUGAUGAAGAUGAUGAGAAUGAGUUUGAGUGUCUGUCAAGUCUACUGCAGCUUUGUUUUGAGCUAAUGUGUCAUUCUGUUGCCAAAGCCUGAUAGCCAAAGAAUACAAACAUUCAGCUCAAGGACUGGGGAAGAGUUUACCCUUAUAUUUAUUUGUUCAUGUGGCUUUUUGCCCCUUUUUAUCUUAAUUGUUUUUCUCUGUAAGUCAAGUAAAAAAAUGUAAAAAAAUUGUUGUCAUGUCAGGCAGCAGUCUGCUGUAAAAAAAAUGAUCACAGUAAAUAUAGAAAAUGUUUUUUAAGCAAAUUUGCCUCUGCAUGUUUUAGUUCAAACCAGGAGGAUAAUUUACAGAUGUGACUAAAAUACAUUUCAAAAAUCCCCAAAAUUAAGAAAUGUCUACAUUUUCACUGAAAUGUUUUUACACAACAAACCCUUUAUAAUGCCCAAAAAUUAAAGAAAAAUGUGCAGUUGGAGCCUGUCUGUUGCCACUGACCAAACUACUCAGCUCAUACCAGUUCAGCUGUUAAUAACCUGAAUAUUUAAACUUAAAUUUGUCUUUUUUUUCAGAAUUUCUCUUGGUUACGUGAAAAUUUACAAGUGUUACAAUCAGUGUUUUUUUCUCACAUAUGAAUUGAGUUCUACCACAGUGAAGUGUUAAAAAAUGGUGAAUCUCAGCUCAGUCUCUUGCAGAUGUAUUUAUGGUUAUUUUUUUAAUCAUCAUUUUUCAGUUUCAGUACAACAAGACGUUUAUUAAUUAACUCUCCAUCACUCUGCAAAAAAUUUAUUUUUAAUCCAAUUUUACCUUGUCAGAAAUGUCGAUAUUCCUUCCGGACUGUCAAUUUAGAUAUUUGGCUCUUACAAAAACCCACAGGAAAAAGGAAAAAAUAGGUGUCACAUUUCAGAACAAGUGGAUUUAAUUUGAAGUGAGUUGAAAUUCGAAGCAAGUUAUUCAGAAUCAUGUAUCUGCUUGAUAUCUGUCCUUCCAUGUCACAUUGGUAAUCUCAGUCUUUCAGUCCCCGGUGCACUGCUGUGUUCAUCUGCUGUGUUCACUGCCUGGAAAAAAACACACACACACACACACACUGAAAAUGUAAGAAAACACUUGAAUAAAGCGUCACUUUUUACAUUUACACCUACAGAUUUUAUUUAGUUUUUUAUUUUGCUUUUAGAGAAAAAAAAAUCAACUUCAGGCCAAUCUUGGGCCAAGAAUUACUACGUCUGCACCACCAAGAAAGCAGCAGUGGAUCAGUUGUGAGGCUUAACAAAAAAGCUGGAACCAAAACCAAAAAAAAAAGAAGUCACAGAAGGGAGUUAUGCCUUUGCUCAACUUUUCAAUGCUGGACCAAAGCUCUAUAGUUAUGCACAUUGUACAGAGAAAUAGAUUCACGAUGUUGACAAUCUUUAAAAUCUGAGAGAAAAUAAUUAAAGAGUAGUAAUGUACAGUAGUUCAUCCAAGGUUUACCUCAGUACUGUUCUUGUGAGAAUCAUACAAAUGCCAUACAAGCAGCAGCAGGUCUGAAGACAAGACAAAUAAUUAUUCUGCACUGUGUUGUCCAUGUUCACCUUCAACGUGGAGGGGAGGCUUGUGUUUUAUUUUUUAUUAUGGGACACAUGAUUGUUUUAUUUUUUGAAAUACUUUCCUCAGCCACAUGUGAUGGCCACUCUGGUCAUCUGUUCUUUAUUAUUGUUUUGCAUUAUUUCUCAUUUGUUGUGACAUCCAUCUCUGUUUUCACAGAUCUGUAGACCCAUGUAGAGGAAAGGAGAUUACAGUAAUGUUGCUCUUAGCCCAAUUAGGAUGAUUUGUUAAUCACCUUUAAAUACUUUUGUGAAAUUUUAAUAACACAGACAACCUGGUUUGACGUUUUGUUAAUAGUUGAAGAACUUGAAACCAAAGCGGAAGAGCCUGUGGAGGUUGGUUUUCAUUAUUUUAUAAACUGAAAACUGUACUUUAUCUAUAGAGCAAUAUCGGUUUGGUCAGUUAAGCAGCACUUUGUGUAUUUCUUAAAAAAAAAAAAAAGAAGCUUUGAGUCUGUCACAUUGAUUUGUACCAUAAUUAGUAAUAAACAAUUGUUUAAUGA